AUGACCAUGGCCACAAUGCAAGAUGGAAAACAUUUAUACGAGAGUACCUGGCAGGAUGCCUUGAGCUACACAAAGACGAUCCUCGGCGAGGAUGAUUUCGAGCUGAUCCAGAAUUUCCAAACUCCCGAGCAGCUUCUCUACGAGGUACAGCAGCUCCAGCAGCAAAACACAGCGCAGUCGACUGUGACGAGACUCCUGCGAAAUGCGCGCCCUCAUUUAGUCCAUCUGCAUACCUUUGCGACCUUUCUUGCCGUGGCGGCCGGCGCAAAUAUUAGUUUUACUUGUAUGUGGGGGGUGACGUAUCUUCUUAUGUCUCUAGGAAGUAAAUCCGAAAAAGCAAUGGAGGAAAUCGCCGGGUACCUUCGCGACUUUAGCGAACAGAUCGAGCUCUUCCAAGUCUAUAGCGACAAAUCCGUCCAACUUGAAGGUGAGUUCAUGGAACGGUUCUUCAGUCUCCUCGUUGAUCUUCUCGUCGCGGGUGCAUUGGCAAUCAAGCACCUCCGCAAGCAUGGCGGUAUUACCGGUACCUCCUGGACCAACGUCAACAGGCAAUUCACCAAGGCGAUCCAAGACUUUACACAUCGCCUCGCGCAUCUCCGGCAGCUUGUCGAGGCACACAGAAUUACUGAGAUGAGUCUACAGCAGACUGAACUCUUGGAGUCGCUGAGUAAAUAUAGCAUUACGCAGCGUAAGGAGACGGCAAAACUACCGUAUUAUCAGCUGCCUUUUGCGCGCAAUCACAAUUUCUUUGGGAGAGCGGAUGUGAUUCAGAGUAUCCACGAUGCAUUGCAAGAAAUUGGCAAUGAUGGGCAAGGGCAGCAAAUUCGGUCUGUUGCGUUGUGGGGAACCGGUGGAAUCGGGAAGUCCCAGAUCGCGUUGGAGUAUGCGAAUUUGCAGGUUCUGAACAAGUGUCAAUUAGUUCUGUGGCUGCCGACGCAAACUGAGAUUGAUUUAUCGAGGGCCCUGGUACAUGCUGCAAGCGAAAUAAGACCAGCUUGGUAUGAGGAUGGGAUGCCCACUGAACGGGUGCGGUUCCUCAUGUGGAAUUGGUUACAGACAACAGGUAAAUGCGCUACUCCCCCAUAUAUUGUCCGACAGGCGCUAAAAAUGAACGAAGAAAUAUCAUGGACAAUUAUCUUCGACAACGUCGACGACAACAACCUCCUAACCUCCAACUGGCCCGCUGCUGGAAACGGCCAAAUCCUCGUGACCUGUCGCAGCGAGCUCGUCGCCGCCUGUCCCGCCGCAACAGCGAAUACCAAGCUCCCCGCUGAGAUUGAGGCAGCACAAGAGCUCUCCUCCAUGCUAGGUGGGUUGGCAUUAGCGAUUGAUAUCACGGCGAAGCAGAUCUUCGUGAAGAAAAAGACAAUGAGGCAGUUUCUACCUUAUUUCAAGAAGAAUAAACAGUCCCUGCGCGUUCCGCCGCGGUAUGCGAGUCGGAACCCGUACUAUAAUGAGAAUUUGGUGACUGUCUGGCAAACAGCAUUUGACAGUCUCACCAAGGAGAGUGGGCAGUUAUUGGCCCUGAUGUGCUUCUUUGCGCCGGAUGAUAUACCUAGUGAUAUUAUCCAUACCACUGAGCAGAUUCCUGGAACAUGGGAUUUUCUGUCAGACCUUGAUGGAUACGAAGACGCAGUGGCUCUCCUGCUUCAUCAGUCCUUGAUCAAAAUCAACAGCGACACCGGGAUGAUCUCUCUUCACCGACUCACUCAAGAAGCAUACUACUACCACCUCACCGAGAAAGAGCGUCACGAUACAUUCCACGUUGCGUACCGAAUCCUAUGCGCCGCAUUCCCAAAGCGAACCCUACGCCGCCAGAUGUACGAAGUCUGGGAAACGUGCGAGAUGCUCAUCCACCAUAUCGAGACCGCGCAGGAUAAGUACGAGGAUCUCAGACCGACGGGGCUGGAUGUCCAAGAUUUAGAGUAUCACACUAUGCUUGCUGAUGCUGCUUGGUUCUGCAGCGAAACCUCCUCCCUCCAACUCGGUGAAACCAUCGGUCGCCGCGCAGCCGACAACUGCGCGGACAAAAACUCCCUGAUUUACGCAUACCUCUGCGAGAGCGUCGCAACCGUCGACCACCGACGCGGCCGGUACCUCCCCGCGUACAAAUUCUUCCUCCAGUCGCUUGAAAUCCGCGAAAAGGAGCCCAGCACAACAGGCCCCGAGCUUGCAGACGCUUACAGCGCUGUGGGUCUUGCCUUGUUUGGACUCUUCAAGUGUGAAGAGGCGAUAGAAGCUGUACAGAAAGCGCUGGAUUUAGUGUAUAAAGCGCCGAAGGAACUGCAGUCCACGUAUAAUAUUGAUCGGUAUUUGAGGAAUCAUAGUCGGCCGAGUGCGGCGCUGGGAAGGUUGGAUGUUGCGAAGAAUGAUAUGGAAGUGGCGGAAAAGUUUCAGACAGAGGUUUAUGGUGAGGAUAGUCAUUUUCAUGGGGAGACAGCAUACAUUCUCGGCAAAAUUGCCUAUACAGAAAACGACCUUGAAAGUGCCAGACGCUAUAUUCAACGCGCUUACGACCUCCAAUACCCCGGAAAACCCACUCAUCAGAGCGUUGCCUCAGCCCUCUACCAUCAAGCUCUCGUCUGCCUGCGUCGCUCCGACACCGAGACCGAUCCGGAGCAGCAAAAAAGGAACGACGAGCAAGCACUCGAGUACCUUCGUGACGCUCUCCGAAUCACACAGUUCAAUGAACCCCGUCGUGGAGACCAGGGCGAGUCGGCGAGAGUUAAGUGGCAGAUUUCCAAGAUCUGGGAGAGGCAGGGGAGGACGGCGGAUGCGUCAACGUACAAGGCUUCUGCAUUGAGGGCGAAGCUUGAGCUCGAGAAGACGGGGUUGCAUCCUGUUGCUCCGGAUGAGGAGCAGGGGUGGGAUGCCUUUACGGAUGUGGUUGAUCGGUGA